UUUUUUUUUUUUUUUUUUUUUUUUUCUUCCCCCGAGAGAAGCCGGCUCAUGACGCGGUUCCGCUCCGCGCCCCGGAAGAGCUGAGGCGCGCUCCUCCUCCUGACCCGGAAGCGACUCGCCGCUCCUCUUUCCGAGACGGCCCUGGAAGGAGGAGAAAUGCAAGAGGAGGGAGAGUGAGAGGGGAGGGUACGUUGACAUCUGUCUGAUACUAGACUGGUGAAUAGGAAGAAGGUCCCAUCUCUGGCCUGUUUGUGGAAGCUGGGAUGAUGAAGGCACUGCAGUGGGAACAUGCUGUGGUACAGGGUUGAAGCUCCAGCCCAUGUCUGGUAGUUAUAGAACAAUUGGAAGGGUUACGUGCAGAGUUCUGGUAAAGAUGGAAGAAUCUCAUUUCAACUCCUCCCCGUACUUCUGGCCGGCAGUGCCCACCGUCUCGGGACAGAUUGAGAACACCAUGUUUAUUAACAAGAUGAAGGAGCAGCUGUUGCCCACAGAGAAGGGCUGCAGCCUGGCUCCCCCCCACUACCCUGCCUUGCUGACAGUCCCCACCUCUGUGGCCCUACCCACUGGUAUCUCCAUGGACUCAGACACCAAGCCAGAGCAGCUGACGCCGCACAGCCAAGCCCCUGUGACUCAGAAUAUCACUGUGGUACCAGUGCAGUCUGCUGGGCUCAUGACAGCAGGUCCUGGUCUGGUGAUAACUUCCCCAUCAGGUUCCCUGGUGACCACAGCCGCCUCUGCCCAAACCUUUCCCAUCUCUGCUCCCAUGAUUGUCUCUGCGCUACCCCCUGGCUCCCAGGCAGCCCUCCAGGUGGUUCCUGACCUGUCCAAGAAAGGGACAACCACCCUUUCUGAAGGUGGUGGGGGUGGCGGGGGUGGGGGAGUUGCUCCCAAACCGCCCCGGGGCCGGAAGAAGAAACGAUUGCAGGAGUCGGGGCUGCCAGAGAUGAGUGACCCCUUUGUGUUGUCAAACGAGGAUGAUGAGGACCAGCACAAGGAUGGCAAGACAUACAGUUCCGUGAGCAGCGGAACUAAUGAAGCCUGGUUUCCAGCGGCUCUCUCCUGUGUGGAUUCUCUGAUGUCUAAUCAAGGGUGCCGGAUGUGUUCGCUGACCUUCUACUCCAAGUCGGAGAUGCAGAUCCACUCCAAGUCCCAUACGGAGACAAAGCCACACAAGUGUCCUCACUGCUCCAAGAGCUUCGCCAACAGCUCCUACCUGGCCCAGCACAUUCGCAUCCACUCAGGGGCCAAGCCCUACACGUGCAGCUACUGCCAGAAGGCCUUCCGCCAGCUCUCCCACCUGCAGCAGCAUACACGGAUCCACUCCAAGCUCCACACGGCGAUUGUCAAGCCGCACAAGUGUCCUCACUGCUCCAAGAGCUUCGCCAACACAUCCUACCUGGCCCAGCACCUCCGCAUCCACUCGGGGGCCAAGCCCUACACCUGCCGCUACUGCCAGAAGGCCUUCCGCCAGCUCUCCCACCUGCAGCAGCACACACGUAUCCACACCGGGGACCGACCCUACAAGUGCGCUCACCCUGGGUGUGAAAAGGCUUUCACCCAGCUCUCCAACUUGCAGUCCCACAGACGGCAGCACAACAAAGACAAACCUUUCAAGUGCCACAACUGCCACCGUGCGUACACGGAUGCUGCCUCGUUGGAGGUACACCUGGCUACACAUACAGUGAAACACGCCAAGGUCUACACCUGCUCCAUCUGCAGCCGGGCCUACACCUCGGAGACGUAUCUGAUGAAGCACAUGCGGAAACACAACAUCCCUGACCCACAGCAGCAGGUGGUUCAGGCGCAAGCCCAGGCCUCUCAGCAGCAGCAGCACUUCCAGCCACAGGGUGGAGGGGCGGCAGGGGGCCCUUCUGGAGACACUAACCAACCCAACCCUCCCCCCCAGUGCUCCUUUGACCUGACUCCUUACAAGACUUCAGAGCAUCACAAGGACAUCUGCCUCACUGUCAGCACCAGCGCCAUCCAAGUGGAGCACCUCUCCAGCUCCUAGAGAGACCUCAACCCAGGGAGCAGAAAGCCUCUUGUGCAUAGCCUGCGCCCAGGGGCACCGCUUGCGCAGCGGCUCUCCUCGUGCAACAGUCUCCGGCCUCUCCUCCUGCAACAGCCUCUUCUGGCCGUGUAACCCUGUUCAUGGCAGCCCCUUGAACAACAGCCUGUCUCAAGGGGGUGCUCCUUCUGUGCAACAGCCUGCCUGGUAGGAGGAUGCUUCCUUGUGCAAGAGCCCCUUUCCUGUGCUGGGAUCACUUCCUCAUGCAAGAGCCCCCCUUUCAAACCCAAAGAAAGGCCCCGGUUUUGCCUUCUCUCACUGUAGGAUGUGUAUGAAGGGGGGGGUGCAUGUCGAGCCACGCAUGGUGGAUGGGAUGGAGAGACGGUCCUUGUACGUACAGGGGCUCGGACACAUGUUUUCAGCAGGCCACAGAAGAAAGUGGCAGGGUUCACAGCUGGAUGGGAUUCUUUGAGGAUUUUCUUGAGUGUCUAAGGGAGAAAUAUCCAUUCCUGUCCCUCCUGCUUGUGAAAGGGAGGAGGGGUCGCUCGUCCUGCCCCAAGGACUGGAUGGGAGAAACCUUCUCCCCAGUGGAAGGUGAGACCAGUGAGGGGGGAGAGGUGAGGCAUGUUCUCUGGGCCGGACAGGUGCUUGCACUGCCCGAGGGCUGUGGAGUAUUGCACUCUUUCUCCUCCCCUGGUGGAGAGCAAUAGAGAGGAGUCUGUCUGAACUGGCUGCUGCCUCUCUCUCCCAGCUGUCUGAGCAGCACGAUGGCCAAGGCCCCGUAGGAAUGUGGGUUCCUGCUCAUUGCUCUUCCUGCCUGUUGUGGAUGAUGUCCUAGCAGCUUGUACUCCUCCUUCUCUCCCUCCUGCUUCCCCCCCCACCUCCUCAGAAAAGCCUGCAGGCAUCAACAACAAACCAAAAAGCAACUGGAGGGAGGGUAAGAGACUGCCAAAAUAAUCAUCACCUUUCUCUCUACUCCCUUUCCUGAAAGGCGGAACGACAGCAGUUCUGACUCUCACACACCUGUCCUGCCCCCAGUUUCCCAAAGGGAAGGAGGAGGAGGAAUAGACCAGUCUUUUCAAGGAGCCGGCAGGAGGCAGGGAAAGGCUAGCUUCUCCUGCUCACCUCCCAGCAGAGCGCUCUCCCAGGCUCCCUCUUGCCAAGACGGGCUGGACUCACAUGGCAGUGGUGGCCUCUUCUGGACCCUGGUCAUGGGAGAGAAUCCCCAAAAGGUGGACAGUGGAGAGAAGGGGAUGAAGAUCCCCACAGAGAGACCAAUCUAAUGAGAAGAGGGAGCCAACAAGAAUAAACUGAAGGCCCCUUGAAUUUAUAUAUAUAUAUAUAUAUAUAUAAAUAUCUAUUCCCCACCCCGGCCCGCUCUGUCCUUGCUGUAACUGUUUCUAUCUCUGUGUUUAUAAAACGCAUUAUCCUGGCGAAUUUUUAUUUUCAAUCUGUUUGUUUUUCCCUUUCUCUUCGUCUUCAAUUCUCCUUCCCUUUUUAUUUUAUUGGUCCACAUGACUACCAGUCUUGUGUGUCACUUGUUAGUUUCUUUGGAUCAUGGAGGCUGACUCGGAAGAGAAUGAGAAGGCAAGGGAAAAAGCAUGUGUUGUUGGGAUUUAAAAUCACUCACCCACCCAAAGCCUAUAGAAUCUCCCAGACUUCUGUAUGAACAACCAAUAGGGGCUGCUUUUUUUUUUUUUUUUUUUUUUAACCACCUUGUAUAGAAAUAAAUUGGUGUAAAAGGCUCCCUGAAGGUGCUGCUGCAAGCACCCUGCCCCUGUGAUGUGUGUUCCUUCCCCCUGCACCUGACCACGGCACGAGCAUCGUGCUGCUGUGGGUCCCGAGCAGCUGUGCGGGCGGACACGAGGGUAGCACAUCGAGGGUAGCACAUUGCUGCCCCGGGGCAGACUUACGGUCUGUGCAAGGGAAGCGAGGAGCUCUGCCCUCUGUGCUCUGCCCUUGCGGAGCCUGUGGCAGAAACUUUCUUUUCUUCUGCGUUUAGUCACCAGGGUUGGCUGCAAAUGGUUGGAGUGUUCUGUAGAUCCAUAGGUUAGGUUAGAAGAAGCUGUCUGAUCUGACUCCUGCUAUUCACAGGUGACAUUUCAACCCAUUUAUCCUAUAUUGAGCCCCAAGAAUUAACAUGUGUUUGAUGUAUGUGUUGACAAAAUGCAUUGGCUUGAUUUUGAGGCACUGGGACACAGACAAUCCCUUCCAUUGGUAGCCUGCUGCAAGGGCUUCGUGUUCUCGCUGUUUAAAUAUUGAAACCUGAUUUCUCCUUUGGAUCUGUUUGGCUUUGGCUUCCAGUUUCUAGUUCUGGAUAUGUCCAUCCCGCUGAUAAAGACAGCCUUAGAGCACAGUGGGGCUUUUUCCCCUGGACUGGUAUUUAAACACUGUAAUGUCACUUCUCAGUCCACUUUUUGACAAGCUAAAUGGAUGGAACUGCUUAAAUCUUCCAUUGUAAGGGAUUUCCUCCAGCCCAUGAAUUAUUCUUGUCUUUUCUUUCUGCAUCUUGUACAAUUUUUCAGUAUCUUGUAAAAAUGUUCCUUUCAGAAUUGAGUGUUCAAACCCCAGUGCCAUGGACAAGGUCCCCCUGCCCUUUGCCUUAAGUCUGCAGAGGAUUGCGUUCGUCCUUUUCUCGCAGCAUUAUACAGGAGCUCGCAUUAGCUUCUUGUCUGGUGUGGCCCCUGGAUCAUCCGACGUCUCAGCUUUCCGUGAUAGUAGUUCCCCCUUUCUACAGGUGUGGUCUGAGUUCUUGCUUCCUAGAUACUUAAUGUGAGGCUGUUUGAAGUCCAGUUUGUGUGAAUGGACCUGGCUUCCUGAUGGACCAGGUCACAACGCUUUCCCAGUUUUGUCGCCCACAAACUGUAUCAGUUGUUAUUUUUUACUUUGAGGUCCAAGUUGAAAAUGCUAUAUUGCAUCUGACCUACACUAACUUGAAAAGGAUCAUUCAGUGCAACUUUUUAUUAGCUUCUUUUUGAGACUUGCAGGCUAGGCAUUUCUUAAUCCUCUUAGUAUGUGAUUAUGUACAGUAAAUCUUUUUGACUUAUGGUGCUAGGUCAAUGCCUUACAAAAAUUUAAGUAUGUUGCACCUAUGCAGUCCCCUUUGUUAAACCAAAUGUAUAAUGAUGUCAUCUAAGAAUGAAAUUAAGGUUUGGGGUUUUUCUUUCCUUUUUUUCUACAAAACCUCUAUUUCAUAAAAUCUUUGGGUUAGAGGUUUUAUUUUUCAUUCACUAAUUCUUCAUCUCGACAGCUUUUCCAUAAUUUUGGCAUCGAGUCAUUUUAUUUGCCUUUUGGGAAUACUGUCAUGAAUGUCUUAAGGUAUUUCUCUAAUAUCCCAAGUUUAAUUAAAAUUGGAAUCAAUGGGCUAGAGAGCUUGUUAGUGAACUCUUUUAGGAUUCCUGUUUCUUUGCUGGCUUAAAAAUAUACAUCCCUAGUAGACUGUCUGUUCUCCUGCUUUGAUACUAAGGUACUGGAUAGAAGUUGCUAUUUUCGUCUGACUGCCACAUCCCGUUUCUUUCUGAAUAUGGAAUUGGAAGUAUGUGUUGACUGAUUUUCCUGUUCUGUGUCACUAGCAUUUUCACCAUUUGUGUCUAGUGAUCAGUACUAUGAGUAAGAUUACUUUGUUUAUUUUUUAUUUAAAGAAAGGACGAUCCAAAACCCCUUUCCUAUUACCAGUAGUUCUGCUAGCCACAAAGAUUUCCUUAACAGUUUUCUCUAUUUUAUAAUGUCUAAUUUAUGUCAGUUGCUGUUUGGCCUUCCCCUUUUCCACGUGUUAAGUUUCAGGGUUGGGUGUGUGUGUGUGGUGUUUUAAUUGUUUCUUGCUCACACUUUCUCACUGAACCCAGGAUGAGCUUUUACCAAAAGUUUUCCUCUUUCUUGAUUGUGGAAUUUGGGCUUUUUUGGCCACAUAGUAAGUUUUUGUUACAGAAGACUUUAAUUCACACUUUUCUGCCUUACUUCUUUUUUCUCAUGGACAACCUGCUUAAUAGUUUUGCUCACCUUGGAAAUUAGCACAGACUCAGCACAGGUUUAUUACUGCCCGUGGCUCUCCUCUGCGUGUCCAUAUUCUAUAUGGACAGCACAAAAUUGCCAGUUUCACUCAAGUUAUUAUCUUGUCUUGUAUCUAUCACCUUGAAGUGUGAAAAGUUGACUUGUUUUAGGUGCAGUGUCUUGUAUUAAGAAAGCUACAGUUUUAAAAGUUGGAAAGAUGUUUUGCCGACUGGUUAAAUUCCCUGGGGAAUGGCUCACAAGUUAAAAUUCCUUGCAGUGGUUUUUCAUUUUGUAUGUUAAAGGUGCUUGAAAUCACCUUUCCUCAUCCCGGGUUUGACGUGGUGUUUUCUAAUGGCUGCUAUCCUUCCCCUUCUUGGAAUCUACUGCCUAGCAUGGGGAUCCACAUGUAUUUUCAGGCUCUACAAUUCUUGUGUUACCAGUUAUUUCAAAGGUAUUACUGCUUGUGUUUGUGCAGUUUGCUGCUGCUCCUAUAGCUUUUACUGUUGCCCAGGAAGAAAUUGAUGUUUUUUCACUAAGGGACUUUCCCAUCGAGUUUCAGAAAUGCCACUUUGUUCCAGGCUUUUUUUUCUCAUAAUCAAUGAGAAUUUCUUAUUUCUCUGUUCACCCAGAGUGCUGUUGCUGGUGUAGAAGUAAUUGAAGAUACCUUGCUCUCAUUAUCUUUGACACUUAUUUGAGUUUGGAUUAGGUCUUCUGUUUGGAUUCCCAAGGCUGUUUAACAUAUUCAGAAUGCUUCAGGUGGUUUAAAAAGUAUAGUUGCUACCUGCGGGAUGCAAAGUGUUGUAUCUGUACAGAAUUCUUCCCUGUUGAGAUGAAGCCCCAGGUUCCACAGCCUGCAGCUUUUCAGCUUUGUGCACUCAAGGCAACAAUGGUUUAAUUAUUGAACUCCCACUCACAAGAGUGGAAGAUCCUCUAACGAGAUCCCAUGGUCCUUCCUUUUCAGCUCCCUGAAUUCUUUGACCCUGCAUUUUCUUUGUGAUGCCUGUCCAUUUCUUUCCGUAUGUCUGUACCCAAGGAGACUUGACAGCAACUUUGGAGUUUUGUAUUAGGUUGCAUCUUGUAUCUUUGCUGGAAGGUGGUAGCGCUUUUUCUUCUUGUCCUUUACCAAAUUGGUUGUCUGUUCUUAGCUGGAUUUUGCAAAUUGUUGUUGCUUUAAAAGGAAACAUCACGUAGGCUGGAAAUCAUUUAGAAAAGUCGCCCGCAAACAGAACUGAAUCUCAGCCGUGACUAAUGAUAGUAUUGCUGGUCUAUAAUUCAGUUAAAUCUUGAAGAAAGAUUUAAGACUUUGAUAAUUUAAAGCCUUAUGGUUAAUCAGCCAUGUCCCUUUUUAAGAGUUUUUUUUUGUUGGUUAUCACUGCCAUGAAAACUGCCAUUCUAUUUUACUCCUUUUUUUUGUUGUUGUUUUAAAUCCAUAGGGUCUUGUUAUAGCUUUGUUCAGUACAUUAAAGUCUUCUGCUAUAAGAACUCUUUUUUUCUCUUUUGUAAUGAAUUACAGGCCAUGAUCAAGUCACUGUAUUCAUCUUUCCAAACAGCUAAAAUUAAAUUCAGCUGGUUUAGGUGUCUCACAAUAAGGCUUGGCUGCAUCGUGUAGUCCUUACCUGUUGCCUUUCUUUUUCCCUUAUGAACGGCCAGGCCAGGCUGUGUAGUGCUCAGCUGGGAGUCUCGCUGCAUCAGGCCUAGACGGUUAUCUUGAGCCUCCAAACUUACAUUGCCAUAAAAGGGUAUGUAGUUCUUCUAAUGAGAUCUUUUUCUUUAAAUUAAACCAAAUAGCAUUAUGUUUCUCUUCUUAGCUGAGUGCAACCCCGAUCAAUUACACUGUGAUUUUAUCAAACCAGUGUUAGGUUAACUGGCUUACAGCAACCUGGAUGAUCCCAUUUACUUUUCAAAUACUUUUUUUAAAGUAUUUUCUGGUCUUCUGGAACACGUUCAGAGCUCCAAAGUUGUUUGGAAAAGAAAGCCCAUCGCUUCCAUCUGCUUGCCAGAUAAUUCUUUUAAAAUUAAUGAUUGUCAGUUUCUAGCUAUGCAACUCCUAGGAUGUUUUAUUGAAUGGGUGGAACUAAACUUCUUCCUAAAUCUCAUUGGCAAUAGGUAAUAUUUCAUUAUUUCACAGAUUUGUCUACAUCAUCCAACUUUCUUCCUAAUAUAGAAUAUAAUUAUGAGAUUCUGCCUGUCUUCUAUAUUUUUAUUGAUUAUUUUAUCAUCUUUAUAUCAACUAAAGGAUAUAUAUCAUGUUUAGGAUUUUCUUCUAAUACUUUGCAGGUAAUGUACCCAAAAGCUGCCGAAGUUUACUAGUGCAGUUUCAGAACAUAGAAUGAAAUUGCUCUGUACGCUUCCUUAACUACAAGAUAGGUACCUGUUCAAUCGUCAUUUCAGGUACAACAGAUUAAAUUUGUGUGCAUGGUUUCUUGUUUCUGUAUAGUAGAACACCAAAGUACUAGAGAGAUGUAGUAACUUGGUCCAACAAACAUUUCGAUUUCAUGUAGUGUCUGUGUAAUGAAUGGAAAAAAAAAACUGCAAGAAAAGAAAUCAUGACACCAAAGAACUAGAGUCUAUGCCUAGUUUUGCUCCUGAAUUAGGGUAUGUUGUUGGAACGUGGACACAGCUAUAAUUUGGGGCCUUUGGCAUCCUUUUUCAUUUAUAAAGCUGAUUAACCAUCCUGGGGGCAAGUGCUGCAGAUCAGUUGCUUGAUGUUUGUAAGAAUGAAGUGUGGGUACAUCUAGUCUUUCCUGAAGAGAAGGAAAUACAGAGCAGGCACCUCUGAACAGAGAAUGUUAAAGGGUGGGAAGAGCUGAAUUUGUACCUCUACAGUAAAAAGGGAACCAACAGGACUCUGAAGUUGUAAGCCUCCUGCUGGUGUACGUAUAAGGAUCCCUCCAAAAGCGCUGGCCUUUACCUUGUGGUCCUUGACAACAUUUUUAAGAGGUCUGUAAGGUAACUGAAAAGCUGGAGGCUUAAAUUUGGUAUGCAGAUGUUUACAUUUACAAGGGAAAAUACACAGGCAUCUGUAGAUCAAUAAAGGUUGAGAACCACUA